AUGCAGACAUGCACAGAAACGCACAGGCAGACAGCCUCGGUGCAGAACCCGGGACUCACAUCCCAGGUGGGACUUGGCUCGUCUGCCAUGGGCAAGCAGAACAGCAAGCUGCGGCCGGAGAUGCUGCAGGAUCUGCGGGAGAACACGGAGUUCUCGGAGCUGGAGCUGCAGGAGUGGUACAAGGGCUUCCUCAAGGACUGCCCCACUGGCAUCCUCAACGUCGACGAGUUCAAGAAGAUCUACGCCAACUUCUUCCCCUAUGGCGACGCCUCCAAGUUCGCCGAGCACGUCUUCCGCACUUUUGACACCAACAGCGACGGCACCAUCGACUUCCGGGAGUUCAUCAUCGCUCUGAGCGUGACCUCGCGUGGCCGCCUGGAGCAGAAGCUCAUGUGGGCCUUCAGCAUGUACGACCUGGACGGGAACGGCUACAUCAGCCGGGAGGAAAUGCUGGAGAUCGUGCAGGCCAUUUACAAGAUGGUUUCGUCCGUGAUGAAGAUGCCUGAGGACGAAUCGACCCCGGAAAAGAGGACUGAGAAAAUCUUCCGCCAAAUGGACACAAACAAUGACGGCAAGCUGUCACUGGAGGAGUUCAUCCGCGGGGCCAAAAGCGACCCAUCGAUCGUGCGCCUGCUGCAGUGCGACCCCAGCAGCGCCUCCCAGUUCUGAGCUGGGAGGAACCAGCUCGCUGCCUCCCUGCCUUCACCGGCCCUCCGGCCCUCCGCUUCCUCU